AUGAAAGCCCUCGUCCAUCUCCUCGUCUUCUUCUUCGCAGCCCUUGUGGCUAGCACGUCGUCCGCCCCCAACAUCACCAGUCUCCUCGAUAGCCUGCCCCCUUGUUCCAUCAACUGCAUUGUCGAUGGUGUCGCCAAAGAUGGCUGCAAUCUCAGCGACCUCUCUUGCGGAUGCUCCAAGAUCAAUGAGCUCACGAAAAUCGUGUCGCCCUGCCUUGCCAAAGCAAACUGCACGCUGCAGGAUAUGACUGAAGCCGCGUCCACGGUCGUCCAAUUCUGCCAAUCUGCCGGUCUUCUCGUCAACGAGACAUCGAGUGAUGCCGCUUCCAAAACAGGGGCAGCACCAGCAGCCACAACCACCUCGGGUGCCGGCCGGUUCUCGGAUGAAGUCGGAUUGGCAUGUGCUGCCAUUGGCGUAUUGAUGAUGGUGGUGGUAUUGUAA